CACGACCCUCACUCUCCCGGCCCCGACCGUCGCAGCCAGAGACAGCAGCGUGCCUCGGGGUGAGCGCCCCCGCCCUGCUCCUCCUCCCUCCUGCAGGGGCGAGCCAAGUGCCGGGACUGGCCGCUGAGCCGGAGUGGACCAAAGAGGCCAUGGUGGUCGGAGCGCUCGCCCGCGAUGGUGCCCGCUGAGGCCAUGCCCGGCCCCGGACGCCCGAUGGGCGCCAAUCUGCGCCUCCUUCUGCUCCUGCCGACACUGCUGCUGCUCAGGGGUACCUACGCUGGCAACCUGACGGUGGCCGUGGUGCUGCCGCUGGCCAAUACCUCGUACCCGUGGUCGUGGGCACGCGUGGGGCCGGCGGUGGAGCUGGCCCUAACUCGGGUAAAGGCGCAGCCUGACUUGCUGGCGGGUUGGACGGUCCGCACGGUGCUGGGCAGCAGUGAAAAUGAGCUGGGCGCCUGCUCGGACACCGCCGCGCCCCUGGCCGCGGUGGACCUGAAGUGGGAGCACAACCCCGCGGUGUUCCUGGGCCCGGGCUGCGUGUACUCGGCCGCCCCGGUGGGACGCUUCACAGCGCACUGGCGGGUGCCGCUGCUGACCGCCGGCGCAGCUGCGCUGGGCUUCGGGGCCAAGGACGAGUUCGCGCUGACAACCCGCGCGGGACCCAGCCACGCCAAGCUGGGCGACUUUGUCGCGGCGCUGCACCGACGGCUGGGCUGGGAACGCCAGGCGCUCGUGCUGUACGCCUACCGGCCGGGCGACGACCAACCCUGCUUUUUCGUCGUGGAGGGGCUGUACAUGCGGGUCCGCAACCGCCUCAAUAUCACAGUGGACCAUCUGGAGUUCUCCGAGGGCGACCGCCACCACUACGCAGCCCUGCUGCGAACUGUGAGGCGCAAGGGCAGAGUUAUCUACAUCUGCAGCUCCCCAGAUACCUUCAGAACCAUGAUGCUCUCGGCCCUAGAAGCUGGCCUCAGUGGGGAAGACUACGUUUUCUUCCACCUGGACCUCUUUGGGCAAAGCCUGCAAGGUGCACACAGCACGGCUCCCUGCAGGCCCUGGGAGAGAGGGGAUGGUCAGGAUGUCAGUGCCUGUCAAGCCUUUCAGGCUGUCAAGAUCAUUACAUACAAACAGCCGGAUAAUCCUGAGUACUUGGAAUUUCUGAAGCAGCUCAAACACUUGGCUCAUGAGCAGUUUAACUUCACCAUGGAAGAUGGCUUGGUGAACAUCAUCCCAGCAUCUUUCCAUGAUGGGCUCCUGCUCUAUGUCCAGGCAGUAACAGAGACUCUGGCGCACGGGGGGACUGUCACUGAUGGGGAAGGCAUCACUCAGAGAAUGUGGAACCGCAGCUUCCAAGGUGUGACAGGCUACCUGAAAAUUGAUAGCAAUGGAGAUCGGGAGACUGACUUCUCCCUGUGGGAUAUGGAUCCCGAGACUGGCAUGUUCAGGGUUGUACUGAACUACAAUGGGACUUCCCAAGAGCUGGUGGCCAUGUCAGGGCGCAAACUGAAUUGGCCCCUGGGGUACCCUCCUCCUGACAUCCCAAAAUGCGGCUUUGACAAUGAGGACCCUGCCUGCAACCAAGACUACUUCUCCACCCUGGAGGUACUGGCUUUGGUGGGCAGCCUCUCCCUGCUCAGCAUUCUGAUUGUCUCUUUCUUCAUAUACAGGAAGCUGCAGCUGGAGAAGGAGCUGGCCUCAGAGCUAUGGCGGGUACACUGGGAGGAUGUGCAACCCAGCAGCCUUGAGCGGCACCUGCGGAGUGCAGGCAGCCGGCUGACCCUGAGCGGGAGAGGCUCCAAUUACGGCUCCCUGCUAACCACAGAGGGGCAGUUCCAAGUCUUUGCCAAGACAGCAUAUUACAAGGGCAACCUUGUGGCUGUGAAACGUGUGAACCGUAAAAGAAUUGAGCUGACAAGAAACGUCUUGUUUGAACUGAAGCAUAUGCGGGAUGUGCAGAAUGAACACCUAACCAGGUUUGUGGGUGCCUGUACCGACCCUCCCAACAUCUGUAUCCUCACAGAGUACUGUCCCCGUGGAAGUCUGCAGGACAUUCUGGAGAAUGAGAGCAUCACCCUGGACUGGAUGUUCCGAUACUCUCUCACCACUGACAUCGUCAAGGGUAUGCUGUUCCUACACAAUGGGGCCAUUUGCUCCCAUGGGAACCUCAAGUCGUCCAACUGUGUGGUAGAUGGGCGCUUUGUGCUCAAGAUCACCGACUAUGGGCUGGAGAGCUUCAGAGGCCCGGAGCCAGAGCAAGGACACACCCUCUAUGCCAAAAAGUUGUGGACAGCUCCUGAGCUCCUUCGAAUGGCUUCACCCCCUGCUAGGGGCUCCCAGGCUGGUGAUGUGUACAGCUUUGGGAUCAUCCUUCAGGAGAUUGCCCUAAGGAGUGGGGUCUUCCACGUGGAAGGCUUGGACCUCAGCCCCAAAGAGAUCAUCGAGCGUGUGACUCGGGGUGAGCAGCCCCCCUUCCGGCCCUCCCUGGCCCUGCAGAGUCACCUAGAGGAGUUGGGGCAGCUGAUGCAACGGUGCUGGGCCGAAGACCCACAGGAGCGGCCGCCCUUCCAACAGAUCCGUCUGAUGCUGCGCAAGUUUAACAGAGAGAACAGCAGCAACAUCCUGGACAACCUGCUGUCCCGCAUGGAGCAGUACGCCAACAACCUGGAGGAGCUGGUGGAGGAACGUACACAGGCGUACCUGGAGGAGAAGCGCAAGGCCGAGGCCCUGCUCUACCAGAUUCUGCCUCACUCAGUGGCUGAGCAGCUAAAGCGUGGAGAGACAGUCCAGGCUGAGGCUUUUGACAGUGUUACCAUCUACUUCAGUGACAUUGUGGGCUUCACAGCCCUGUCAGCAGAGAGCACACCCAUGCAGGUGGUGACCUUACUCAAUGACCUGUACACUUGCUUUGAUGCCGUCAUAGACAACUUUGAUGUGUACAAGGUGGAGACGAUCGGCGACGCCUACAUGGUGGUGUCUGGACUCCCGGUGCGGAACGGUCGGCUUCACGCCCGCGAAGUGGCCCGCAUGGCUCUAGCGCUGCUGGACGCGGUCCGCUCGUUCCGCAUUCGCCACCGGCCCCAAGAGCAGUUGCGCUUGCGCAUCGGCAUCCACACAGGUCCCGUGUGUGCUGGCGUGGUAGGGCUGAAGAUGCCCCGUUACUGUCUCUUUGGGGACACGGUCAACACGGCCUCACGAAUGGAGUCUAACGGCGAAGCCCUGAAGAUCCACUUGUCUUCUGAGACCAAGGCUGUCCUGGAGGAAUUUGGUGGUUUUGAGCUGGAGCUUCGAGGGGAUGUAGAAAUGAAGGGCAAAGGCAAGGUUCAGACAUACUGGCUCCUGGGGGAGCGAGGGAGUAGCACCCGGGGCUGA